AUGAAUGGAAGCCCGGCAAACACUGGAACGGCCAUUUCAGAGCCUGUGUUUGGCAUUAAUUCAGACUCUCGAGAAGUGAAUCUCGGUCAAAUUUCAGGUUCUUCACCCAAGCAACUUCUAGAAAUCAACAGAUCAAAAGUCCACAAUAGAGUGUUGCAAAGUAAUAAUGGAGAUGAAUCGUCAUCCGAGGACUCAGAAUUCGAAGAUUUGGAGACCCCCAAGAUUAUACGAAAUAGCCAUCGAAACGAUUCGAUCAAUAACUCUGGCAUAUUCAGUAUCAAGAGCACAACUAUAAAAGUUCCAUUGAACAGUCUGGCGAAGAAGGGAAAACAACCGUCAACACCCCAUAAUAACAAAAAGAACACCAAAACCGCUAGUUCACCAGUAAGUAAUCGUUUCAAUGGACUGGGUGUCUUGAAGGACAGAGAGGACAGCUUGAUCAGAGAAAACAAGUUGAUAUCUGAUGAUAAUCAAUUCUCUCCCAACCUCAAGGGAAGACUGGGAUUAUUAAAGUCUACAGAGAAUAGCUCCAGUAAAAUAAUAGGGGACCAUCCGAUGCCCUCACCUGGGCGUACAAAAAUCAAGAGAUUUGACUUUGAAAAGUUGAAGGAAAAGAACGUUAGUAAGAAAGGUGAUGAACACAAGCCCAUGAGAAAGGAAGAUCCGGUUAUAAGGUUGUUUCAAGCUCCGGUUGUGGGGAUGGUAAAUGGUGGUAAUAAUGAUGUUGAUGAAGACGAUGGUGAGUUUGGGUCCUCUGAUAAUCAGGAGGAUCCUGACAAGCUCUCUAUGAAGCCUCAGGUUGAUAAUUUCACAAUUCGAACAGCGAGCCCUAAACUCGAUAAGAUUGACGAUAUAGUCAUAAAUCAAGCUAACACAAACAAUAUAGCUUCAAGUCUUGAAACAGACUCCGUUUUGACCGGUGUUUUAGGCAAGAGAAGCUUACAAGAUGGGACCUCAAGAGUUGACUUUGAUUUAUCGAAUAAUAAACCGCUAAGCCAUUUGAACCACACUAUCUCUGUGAUAACAGAGAGAAAUGAUAACAUCUCUAAAAAUAUAAAGAUGGAUUUGGACAGAGAGUUGAGUUCUGAUGAGCAUGAAGUCAGCAUGGAUGAGAACUCAAGUGCUCUCUUGAACGAAUUGAAUUCUUAUUCUUUCAUCCCUAAGUUUCAAAGUCCAGCAAAACCUUCUGCCCCCAGUAUAUCAGCAGGGCCAAAAUCUAAAACCAGGCUCACUAGCUCAAGAGUUAGUACUCCCAAGUUUGGGACUAGGAUGGGCCGAUUACCAAGGGUCAAUCGAAAUCAAAAUCAAAGUCCUAACCCCCAGGUAGGUAAAUUCACCACAUCAGGAUCAUCCACAAAUCACUCUAACAAGCAAUUCAAGCCGGAAAUGACACCAAUAAGAAAACACUAUGACCGAUUAGAAAACAAAUAUGCUAAGCAUAUUAUGAAUAAGCGAAGGAAUUCGGCCAUGGAACCAGAACCAGAAGUAGAAGAAGAAUCUAUUACUCACAACAGGCUCCCAAAACCUUCACAGUUGAAUAAACCAUGGCCAGAAGAAAAGUGGGAAAAAUUGAACCAAUUACUCAAGUCACCCACCCUAACUGUUGAGGACAUCCUCAACAGUGAUACUGUACAAGAUAAAUUGGACAUUUCAAAAUCGGAUUUGGAAGAAAGAAUAAAAUUCUUGGUUAAGUUUAACGAAUUUAAAGAGUCUAGAAACCAAAAAGAUUCCAGAAAGAGAAGAAAGCUUUUAUGA